AUGAACCUACCACAUGAAAUGUCACUGGAGCCUGACUCUCUGUCCCUGCAGUGUCCAGAUCCCAGCUCAGCACUGCUCCAGGUCCCAGCUGUCAUCACCCUGCAUCCCCUGCCCUCUGCAGCCAGCAGUGAUGUAAUCACCCUGCAUCCCCUGCCCUCUGCAGCCAGCAGUGAUGUCAUCACCCUGCAUCCCCUGCCCUAUGCAGCCAGCUGUGAUGUCAUCACCCUGCAUCCCCUGCCCUCUGCAGCCAGCUGUGAUUCCCCACCAAUCACCACCCUCACUGCUGCAGUCCCCACCAAUCACUACCCUCACUGCUGCAGUCCCCACCACUCACCACCAUCACUGCUGCAGUCCCCACCAAUCACCACCCUCACUGCUGCAGUCCCCACCAAUCACCACCCUCACUGCUGCAGCUCCCACCAAUCACCACCCUCACUGCUGCAGCCCUCACCACUCACCACCCUCACUGCUGUAGCCCCCACCACUCACCACCCUCACUGCUGCAGUCCCCACCAAUCACCACCCUCACUGCUGCAGCCCCCAUCACUCACCACCAUCACUGCUGCAGCCCCCACCACUCACCACCCUCACUGCUGUAGCCCCCACCACUCACCACCCUCACUGCUGCAGUCCCCACCAAUCACCACCAUCACUGCUGCAGCCCCCACCACUCACCACCAUCACUGCUGCAGCCCCCACCACUCACCACCAUCACUGCUGCAGCCCCCACCACUCACCACCCUCACUGCUGCAGCCCCCACCAAUCACCACCCUCACUGCUGCAGUCCCCACCAAUCACCACCAUCACUGCUGCAGUCCCCACCAAUCACCACCAUCACUGCUGCAGUCCCCACCAAUCACCACCCUCACUGCUGCAGUCCCCACCAAUCACCACCCUCACUGCUGCAGUCCCCACCAAUCACCACCAUCACUGCUGCAGUCCCCACCAAUCACCACCAUCACUGCUGCAGUCCCCACCAAUCACCACCCUCACUGCUGCAGUCCCCACCAAUCACCACCAUCACUGCUGCAGUCCCCACCAAUCACCACCAUCACUGCUGCAGUCCCCACCAAUCACCACCCUCACUGCUGCAGUCCCCACCAAUCACCACCCUCACUGCUGCAGUCCCCACCAAUCACCACCCUCACUGCUUCAGCCCCCACCACUCACCACCCACACUGCUGCAGCCACCACCACUCACCACCCUCACUGCUGCAGCCCCCACCACUCACCACCCUCACUGCUGCAGCCCCCACCACUCACCACUAUCACUGCUUCAGCCCCCACCACCCUCCACCCUCACUGCUUCAGCCCCCACCACUCACCACCCUCACUGCUGUAGCCCCCACCACUCACCACCCUCACUGCUUCAGCCCUCACCACCCUCACUGCUGCAGCCCCCAUCACUCACCACCAUCACUGCUGCAGCCCCCACCACUCACCACCCACACUGCUGCAGCCACCACCACUCACCACCCUCACUGCUGCAGCCCCCACCACUCACCACUAUCACUGCUUCAGCCCCCACCACCCUCCACCCUCACUGCUGCAGCCCCCACCACUCACCACCCACACUGCUGCAGCCCCCACCACCCUCCACCCUCACUGCUGCAGCCCCCACCACUCACCACUAUCACUGCUUCAGCCCCCACCAAUCACCACCCUCACUGCUUCAGCCCCCACCACUCACCACCCUCACUGCUGUAGCCCCCACCACUCACCACCCUCACUGA